AUGUCGCUUUUUCUUGGGAAGAUUAGCACAUGUUUCAUGGAGAACGAAACUGGUAUAGGGACAGCUGUAGAACGUGUUAGAACCAAUGGGAAGAACACAUGCUCCACACAAGAUGCUUUCUUCCAAAGCAAUACCGCCUUUGUUGAGACUCAGGUCAGCACCAUGAUGAAGGAAAUGAGCUAUUGUGCCGUCUUGGUUCACUUUGAAUGGCUCAAUGUCUUCAACUUCUUCAGGUACCCCAUAAAGCUCUAUUCUAUCCCACACGUCGUAUCUUGUUGCACAUCUUGA